AUGGCUACUAGCAUUACUCUCGUGUACCAGCAUUCCGUGGUGGACGAUAUUGCCCACCACCGUUACAAAAACUCCAUGUCGAAGGAUAAUCGAUCAUCGAGUCAACCAGCCCCAUUCAAGGGGGAAUUCUCCUUUGUCAAUAAGGAUGCCGGCAACAUUGACUCGAAAGACCACAAUGCUGCCGUGUCGUGGCAUGUCAUGAACCGUUAUGAGAGGUGGAAGAAGCAGGAGCAGGCGAAGAAGCUGCGAGCUUCUGCCAACGUGCCCGUGGGACCUCUGUCCCCUCCUUUACAACAGCCACCCCCGAUUCCUACUCCGCGGCAGCAGCCACAGCCAUCUCGUCCACGAGGACAGUCUGUACGUCGAGUUUCAAUUGACAGUCCUAACAAGAGGGCUCGGUUGACAAGCGACUCUCAGCCCCCAACAGUACCGUCAGCGACUUCUUUUGGGUUUGACCCAUGGAUGGUCGAGCAGCCGCUGCAACUUGGCUACCCUGGCAUUGGCUCUGCUCAGGCGUCCGGGAGCAGCGGAGUACAGACAUCGACUACUUCGACCCCUUCCACACAGUCAAGCUUAAUUGAAGAUGACCCAGCGGCCAUUCUCAACUCGAUCAAUCGGUCGCUAGAUCCCAGCACAAGCCCAUUCGACCCAUCUGCUUUCCCCGUGACUCCCUUCGUCAACAGCCUCAUCAGUUUUGCUUACGAAGUCUUCAUUCCACAGUCUUGGCCUAAAGAAUCGGAAAAGAGUCAAAACUCAUACGAGAUUGCCAGGAGUUGGGACGAUAUGAUUCUGAUAAAUCAGGACACCUGCUAUGCUAAUGCAUAUUUGAGUCUGCUGACGGCCGCCAUGGGAGCGCUGACCGAGGAUGACACUCUUACUUACCAUUCGAGAUACUUCCAAGGACAGGCCAUGACCGAGCUGAGGCAGCGAGUGGCGCGACCCGGUCCUCAAGACCUGAUCACGCUCAAGGCCAUCUUGAAGCUCUUCUCAUCGGAAACUCUUGUGGAUAAUACAUCGGUUGCGCGCAUGCAUCUGAAAAUGCUCCGCAAUCUCGUCAACGCAGCCGGAGGCGUCAUUUUAAUGGACGCCUGGUUCCGCGAAGACCUUCUGUCAUGCGACUGCUAUUUCGCACUGAAAUACGGUACGCGCCCGCUGUUCCCGGCUUCGGAGUGGACUCCAGGGCCGCUGAGUCAACCAUGGAAGGCACGGCUGCUGGCGGCAGGGAUCCUCGGAGACCACGCGGCGAGUGUCGACCCGCUGAUUGAGCAUCCCGUCAUGAAAGCUGUUGUGACUGACUUGCGGGAGCUCUUCAAAGCGCAUGAGUACACUCAAAUCCACGACGUGCCGGGCGACGAUCAACUCCUCCGAUGGCAACAACUACGCAAGUUCGAUUGCAUUUCACGACUGGCGGAUCACGAUUGCAAUUUGGCGAUAUACCCUCAUCUGUUUCUGCGACCACUGACGCAGGCUUACACUUGUGCCGCCACGGGGUUGAUGGCGGCGAUGGUGCUUGGGGCACCGGAGCCCGUGCGUUUCGGGCUCAAAUUGCUUUCGGACCUACGCAAGAAGCUGGUUGAAAGUGACUCCGAGGGCGCCGUUGCUGAACAUCGGCGACUCCGGCUGUGGGCGCUGUAUGUGGGUACACUGGCUGAAAAGGUCCACCCUGUCAGCGCAGCUGAAGAAGGCUGGUUCGCGAGUCAGUACCAAACUCACACGGAGAGCAUGGGCGUAUCAGAGUGGGAGGACACGAAGAAGGUGGUCCGGCAAUUCCUGUUCUCAGAGAAACUUCACCAAGAGAUCGAGUCGGGGCGAGCGCAUCGGGGGAUAGAUGUCAGGCAAGGACUCUACACAGCCUCCGGUUGCAGCUGGCGAGAGCCAUUACUGGACACGAAUCUCCUCUUCAGCGAACCCGAGGAGGACAUUGGCGGAUCACGCGCCGGCUCGGUCUCGGUCGCUUCAGGGAAACGGAGAGCGGACGAUUGA